GAAGGCCUCCAAGGUAAAAGCUGAGCGUUGGACUCCAACUCUGGGAGAGCCGGUCUUGGUUAUCCGCCAAAGGGCUAAGAAAUCUGAUGUUGGCAGUACCCUAGCGCAUAUUGAUGCUUUACUUGGGGGUGAGAGAGCUUUGGUGGUCUUCCCUAGCGGCAGAAAGCAGGUUGAGUCGUUCGGGAAUUUAUGCCCUUUCAUGAAUAUUCAGUCGAGCUUGAACGAGGUCAAUGGUCCGUCUAAGGUCCGAGCAAGGAUACAGAUCUCCAUUCUGGAUACUACUGGAGACCGAGAUUGGUAUGAUAGGACUAUUCGAAAAGACGCAUCG